AUGGUGGUGACACGAAGAUCACAGAAAAAGGUCGCGUCUCCGGCCAAGAAGUUGGCUACGCCAACAAAAGUUGACAUCGUGGAAAAGAAAAAGCCAAAGAAGGUGGAAAAAGUUAAAAAGGUGUUGAAGAAGAGGAAAGGGCUGAUUUUGACGAGGGAAAAACAAGAAGUCGAUCAUAAGAAGUACAAAGCUGUCAAUGGUUAUUACGUUCUACGAAAAUAUGACUCUGAGAAGGCGAAGAAGGAAAUAUUGAGUCAGGUAGCUGUUUUUUCUAUUUUUAUGAAUUUUAGGUAACAAAUUCAAUGAAGAUUUUAGGUAAAAAAUUUGUUUUUAAGGCUAAGAAUGAGGAUUUUAGCUUUUUAAAACCAAAAAUGAAGAGUUUAGGUAAUAAAUCCAUUUUUAAGGCUUAGAAUGGGAAUUUUAGGUAUCUUCUUUGGUUUUAUAGUGCAAUAUUGUUGUGAAACAAGAUUUUUAGGUAACAAUUUUUAAAAAUUUCAAAUUUUGUUUUUCCAGGCUGGUGUAGCAUUAGAAGCCAUGGCCAAGCACACCAAGAAGAACAGCAAGACAGAUUUGUUCGGGGAAUCCAAAGACUCAAUUGCAAUCAAAUUCCACUUGAAAAAGCCAAGAGUUACUGGCGUUAGGAGGUUUAAGAUCAUGUAAGUUAACUUUUUGGUAUCAUACGUUCAUUUUUUAUUGAAGGAUGGGUUAAAAACUGUUUUUUUAAAAUUAAAACUUGAUUGAAAUGACAUUUUAAGAGCUAAAAUGAGGUUUUUUUUAGCGAAAAUAAGUUUAAAAUUACAAAUUUGAGAUAAGUAAUGAUGGGAAUGGCUAAAGUAUAUAAAAAACUCAGCUUGAACAAUAUAACUUUCCAGUCAGCUCCCCCACUCCGACAGGGAACCAGGAAACUCAACCUUGUGCCUAAUCCUGGGCGAUCAGAAUGCCAAACAAUUGAGGGACAAAAAGAAUUGGGACACUGAUGUGGACAAGAACGCUCGAAAAUGGAAGGACACGUUGAGGGAGAAGCAUGGAAUCACAUCAGACGAAGUGGACAAGAUCUACACUUAUACUCAAUUCUUAAGAGAGUAUUCGACCAAGGAGUCGGUCAAAGCCUUCCUCAAGUCAUAUGACAGAGUUGUAAUUCAAAACAAUCUGUUCAAGGUGUUGGUCCGACACUUUGGAGCGUCUUGUUGGAAUGUUAGCAAGUGAGUUGCUAAUCUAAAAAAAACCACUAUUAGGCCAUUUAGUUAGUUCUGUACUUCUUCUGAAAGCAACUUUAUGGGGCACAUAAUUAUUUGAACAACCUAAUAUUUUCGGUGGAUUUAAGGGAUGUGAGGGAUAAAAUGGCAAAGUUUUGGGGAAAAGGUUCCGAUGAAGGACAAUUUUGUAUAGUUUUGUGGUACUUUUAUGACGUUUUUGGUAAUUCUGCAAAACAUUUUUAAUGAAAAUUUUAUAGAUUUCUCUUUUUCAGAUUCCCCCUGCCAAUCAACCCUAGAUCAGAGCGCCUGAAGGAAAAACUCCUCAAGACCUACAGCCAAGAAGCCCUGGUUCUACCAGUCCAUGUUCAAGUUCAUUCGGUUCGAAUUGGCAACAUUCAUCAACCCCAAAAACAUCUCGUCGCCAACAUCAAAGAAGUCCUCGAAGCUGCCACAAAAUGCUUGCCCGGAGGGUUUUUGAACGUGAGAACGGCGUCCUUAUGCUUCCUGUCGAAUGCGCAGGAACUGCCAAUCUAUGUUGACUUUGGGUCGGCGAACGAGCUGAUCGAGAAGGUGGUGAAGAAGGUGGACGAAGUAAUCGAAGAUGAAUGCACUACUUUGCCCGAAGGAUUGAAGGUGAAGAUGCAUAUGGAUGGAAAAGUGGAUGUUGUUGAUGAAGAGUCGGGAGAAGCGGUGUUCUACCCGACAGUCGAGGAUGAAUGGGAAAAGCACGACGAUCCGGAUCUGAAGCCGAGAGCUACGAGAGAAAGCUUGAUCAGAAGAGAGGUUUUCAAACGAAAGGUGAGGAGCGGGGUUUGUGAUAUUAGUGUUUUGUAACUCCGAACAUUUGCUCUGAGAGGGGGCGCAGAAUUAGCUGAUCAACCUAAUACAAUCUGCUAUGUCAAAUAUCUUACAAAUCGUUAGAUAUAGCUGUUAUAAGCCUUUAAUAUUCACCUUUACUAUACAUGACUUACAUUUUUUAAUUUCAGAGCGCCGAAAAGAAGAAAGCGGCCAAGAAAGCGAAGCUGGAAGCAAAGAAAGAAGAAUAA